GGGAAGAUGGGGUGCAAUUAAGCAGCGGCUGGUGCAGCGGCUGGUGCAGCGGGUGCAGCGCGAGUGGCUGGAGCUCGAGCUCGAGCUCCCGGGCCAACGUUCCAAAUCCCCGGGCUCCGGCCCCCGGGACUGUCACGCGCUCCAGGGGCUGGAGCCGCCACCACCACCACCACCGCCGCUCCCGCCCCCGCCCCGAUCAUGGCGGAGGAGUUUGCAGCAGCGGCGGGGUUCCCGCAAGUUUUACAAUCGGUGGCGGCGGGCCCGACCCUGCUGGACCCGGGGUCGGGGUCGGCGGCGGCGGCAACAACAACAACAACAACAAACGGAGACGUCCGCUGCAGCCCCGUAUCCCCGGUGCCGACCUCCGACCAAGACCCGGUCAUCUACUUUGUCCGGAAUAAAGCCGGCGGCGGCGGCGGCGGCGGCGGCGGCGGCUCGCCCGACGGGGAGGCCGAUCAGCUGCAGCUGGAGCUGGAGUUGGAGUUGGAGCUGGAGCUGGCGCUGGCGCCGGGCUCCUCCCCGCCGGCUUCUCCCUGUAGCGGCAGCAGCAGCACCAGGCCCCGGAGAGACCCCAAGGAUCCCAUUGCGAUAGAGCGGCUGAACUUAAUGAAUAUGGCAAAACUCAGCAUAAAGGGUCUAAUUGAAUCAGCCUUAAACCUGGGAAGAUCUCUGGACUCUGACUAUGCUCCUCUCCAGCAGUUUUUCGUGGUAAUGGAACACUGCCUCAAACAUGGCCUUAAAGUUAAGAAAACCUUUCUCGGGCAGAACAAGUCGUUCUGGGGUGCGUUGGAGUUGGUGGAGAAGCUAUGUCCCGAAGCUGGUGAAAUUACUGUCAGUGUCAAGGACCUCCCGGGUCUUAAGACUCCAGUUGGCAGAGGGAGAGCAUGGCUGCGCCUAGCUCUGAUGCAGAAAAAGCUGUCAGAUUAUAUGAAAGCUUUGAUUAAUCGGAAGGAUCUUCUCAGUGAAUUCUAUGAGCCGAAUGCUUUGAUGAUGGAAGAGGAAGGAGCAGUGAUUGCUGGACUCCUCGUUGGGCUCAAUGUGAUCGAUGUCAAUCUUUGUAUGAAGGGGGAAGAUCUAGAUACUCAGGUCGGUGUGAUCGAUUUCUCUCUGUACUUGAAGGAUGGAGGCCACAGCAGUAAAAGCACUGAGGGGGAUGGGCAAAUUACUGCCAUUUUGGACCAAAAAAACUAUGUGGAAGAACUCAAUCGACACCUAAGUGCAACUGUAAAUAAUCUACAAGCAAAAGUGGAUGCGUUGGAAAAAUCAAAUACAAAGCUUACUGAAGAGCUUGCAGUAGCAAACAACAGGAUCAUCACUCUACAGGAAGAGACCGAACGAAUAAAACAAGAAAAUGCUUAUUACUCUGACUCGACUCGAAAGAAGAUGGAAGUGGGGAAGCUGGAUGGAAAUGCUGAGGGACAGGCACAUAGACAGUCCCGCCAGGGGACAGACGACUCUCACAGCGAAGCCAGGAAACAACUCAAGGAGGAAACUCAGCUCAGGCUGGACGUUGAAAAAGAGCUGGAGGUUCAGAUUGGUAUGAAACAGGAGAUGGAACUAGCCAUGAAAAUGCUGGAAAAGGACAUCUGUGACAAGCAAGAUGUGUUGGUAACAUUUAGACAGCAACUGGAUGAUGUCCAGGCACUCAACCAUGAACUCUCCCAAAAGGUUCAGGGCUCUGAUAAUGUGAUUAGACAGAAGAAUGAAAUCAUUGCUCGUUUGGAGGAGAAGGCUAACCAGAUGAGCUGUACCAUUAAGCAAAUGGAACAAAGUGAAAAUGAUUUGGUGAAACAAGCUAGGAAUCUAAACCUUGCAGCUGGAAAACUGGUACAGAAACACUAGGCAUCCAGAGAGAGAAGACAUUCUACUAACCUGGCAACGGAGGAGCAAACCUAUAAAAGUUGUGGUUACAGUUUGCAGUGAAGCAUUUUUCCAAUUAAAAAUCAACCACAAAGAAGUUUAUUAUUAUAGUAUUUGAAUAAUUCAUGUUUCACAGGUGGCCCUUUUUGCCACCAUUUACAUGGCCUGGUUUCUUUACUGGUGUGUGUGGGUGUGUGUGUGUGUGUGUGGGUGUGUGUGGUAGUGGUAUGAUUUCCUCAAGAAUACUUCACCACCUUCAACAGAGAGCUUCCCUUUCAAAGUAGUUGUCAAUUUGUUUGAUUUUAAAACCGGGCCCACUUGAAGACAAUUGUGACACUUGUUGUUGACUUUGGCCAAUCUGAUAUAUCAUCGAACCUUAAAAAGAAAUAACCAGGAUUAUAGAACUAAACGUGUACAGUGGAUCCGUCUUAUUAUCAUACACCUUUCACCAUUAUCCUCGAUAAAGUUUAAUCUGAAAGAGUUUUUUUUAAAAAAAUCUAAUUGACUUGGCGUUGUGUUGGGAAUGAUCUCCGGUGUUGGCAGACUUCUUGGCCAGAGUACAGCCUUGGCUGCAACGAUGAAGCUUUUUUUAGCCUUCAGCUGUGGGGCAGGAGUAAAGGGCUGGGUGGUGGUUGAAGCAUAGAAACACCCAAUGGUUUAGGUUUAAGUGGUCUGGACUUCAGAGAGACAGAACCACCAAGACUCUCUGAAUUUUCUUUUCCAGUGUUCAAGCUCAAACCUGGCUCUCUGUUUGGCCCCAUGGCCAGUUGUGUUUGGCCACCUUGUUUUACCCAAAUGUCACCAAGUGGACAUAUUGGAAGGUGUUUUGGAAUGUGCCGAGCUUAGUAAAAGCUCUUCAAGGCAAGACUUUUUACCGAGAGGCGUGGGAGUGGGGCAGUGGGUUUGAAUCAGAUGCAGACACGCUCAUAAAGCAGUGUUACCAAUUUUUAUUGUCUUCAGUUUAUAAAGUGUAGAUUAGGGAUUCUCCCUGUAACACAGAAUGUACAGGCGGGAUAGUUCAGAAGCUUAUAUUUUAAAAGAAAUUAAGGUGGAGGUGUUGAAGGCUGUAUAGGGUCAAGUUAAAUGAAAUGAGUUUUGAGAAUGCAGGUGAGGAGGGGUAAUGCAUACAGCAGUUCACUUGUUUAUACUUCAUGUGAUUAAUGCUGGGGUAAUUCACAACCAGGCUUAAUUUAGUAGAGUUGUCAGUCAAGCGGGUGCUUCCACUGAACUGCUGCACAGGAGGUUAAUACUUUUAGACAUGCGCAUUAAACAGUUUGCCAAUUCAGAAUUCAGGCAGUUGAUCUGCAAUAUAAAACAGUAUGAUGAUAAGAUUUCACUGUAAUAAUUUGGAAUUGCCUCAUUUGCAAAUUAAAGCUGUUUGAAAUUGUAAUAAUGUAGCCCCCCCCCCAUGUACUUAAACUGGACAAUCCCAUUUGCCCAAAUCCCAUUUUGGGUAAAUUCUCUUUUGUGGGAUGAGGUGCCUAAACUGCUGUGUGAAAUAACGUAGGAACAGGAGGAGGCCAUUCAGCCCUUCAAACCUGUUCCACCAUUCAAUGAGAUCUUGACUAAACUGUGACCUAACCAGUGCACAUUUCUGGGUGUUCCAACAUGACCACCUGAACUUGCAAUGGGCUGAUGCCAAAAUGUAACCAGAUUUUAACCUGCCCGUUAGAGGACCCAGAACCAAGUAGUUUAUGUGGAAUUAAUUGUGGAAUGUGUGGGACUUAAAUGGUUGCCUUUCAGAGACAAACCAAUUGUCAACUAAUUAGGUAAUGCGGGAGUUUAUCGUGCAACAAAUAUCUGCUUUUGCACUAUGCUGUCAAAAUUAUUUUUUAUUUAAAAAUAUUUAGAUCGAAUGCAUUAAUGAUAUGUUGGCUGUUGCACCAGUCUUAAGUCUGGUGCAAAGAUACGUUUAUGCUGGGGGCAAAGAAAUGUAAAAAAAAAAAGAAUUGUUUUGUUAAUUAACCAUCAUUAUUGUGAGCUGUGUAGUAAUAGAUCAAAAUAAACACUUGGAAAGAAAA